UUGGUGGAUAUAGAAGUCGAGAGCUCAAAAUGUUUACAAAAAUGCGAAAUCUAAAUUAUUAAGAAAUCCAGUCUCAUUCUAAGCAAACUUUAAAAUUAAAUUAUUUAUCAGAGUUGAGAGUACUUAUUGACAAUGGCUCGAUUAUAUUUCGAUAUACGAGAGGAUCAGUGGCCAUUAGUGUACGACGAUAAAUAUAAUGUAUCGUUUUGUGGUUUCGAAAAAUUUCACGUAUUUGAUGCAAAGAAAUGGCGCAAUAUAGUACAGUUUUUGAAGGAAGCAAAUUUCAUUACAGCAGAAUGUCUCGUAAAACCAAAUGAAGCCAAGGAUCAUGAUUUGUUAGUAGUUCACACUAAGAAAUAUCUGAAAUCACUUAAGUGGAGUGCCAGAGUAGCAAUGAUAGCUGAGGUGCCGAUAGUUGCAUGUGUGCCAAAUAUACUUGUCCAACAUGCUUAUUUAAAACCUAUGAGAUUACAAACGGGUGGUUCAGUAUUAGCCGGUAAACUUGCCCUAGAGCGAGGUUGGGCCAUCAAUAUAGGGGGUGGUUUCCAUCACUGUAGUGGUGAUAAGGGUGGUGGUUUCUGUCCAUAUGCUGAUAUCACACUGUUGAUCAAGUAUCUGGUCAUGUAUCGGAGCGUGCAGAAUGCUAUGAUCGUGGAUUUGGAUGCACAUCAGGGUAAUGGUUAUCAGCGAGAUUUUCUCGGAGUGCCAGAAGUAUACAUAAUGGACAUGUAUAAUCGUCACAUCUAUCCAAAAGACGAGGAAGCGAAACGGGCCAUACGGCGUAAGAUUGAGCUUGGCAAUAAAGUGGAGGAUUUGGAAUAUAUGUUGAAAUUGCGGAAGAAUCUGAAAGCGGCAUUAAGUGAAUUCAAACCAGACAUAUUGGUGUACAAUGCGGGUACAGACAUACUCGAUUCUGAUCCACUCGGUCACAUGAGAAUUAGUGAUAUUGGUAUAAUAAAACGCGACGAAUUCGUUUUCGAGAUAUGCAAAGCUCAACACAUUCCAGUGGUAAUGUUAACAAGUGGAGGGUACUUAAGGAGAACUGCAAGAAUCAUAGCGGACUCCAUCAUGAAUUUGAAAGCUAAAGGCCUAAUCGGUAACGAGCCUAAGAAAACUAAAGAGUUCUUAUCUAUAAGCACUAUACGCACCUAGUUGUUUGGACAAUCUAUGAAAAAACCUAUUUAUUCGAGAAAAUUAAUAAUUUACAAUUUUUUGACUUGAUAAUUAAAAAUCACGUGACAAAUAUCAUUUUUCCAGCAGAAAUUAUAGAUUUAGCGCAAGCGGAAUGUUUAUUAUAAUCUGAAAUGCACUUUUAAAAAUGCACUGUUCCUAUUUGGACUGCCGUAGAUUCCUAUUACAUUAAUUUUUAGGGUCAUUUGUCUUUUUUUGGUGAUUUAGGCUCCGUAUAUACUGUGGAAAUACAGAUAUUUAGCUGAUUUCAUAGAAGAUAUGUGUUGUUAUUAAGAAGCUCUGUUUGUAUCGAGCCUAAGAACUGUUUUCGACGUUCAAUUAAGAUGUGCCAACUGAAACAGAGAAACAUAGGUUUUUCUGUAAUUUCUUAGAUCUAGUCAUUUUAAGGCCUAGUUACAGUUUACUGCGUUCAGAUUGUGUAUUUAUUUUUCUGGAUGAUUGUAAAUUUGACAGCUGUUAGAGUUCAUUAAUUUCAAAAUAGGUAAAAAAUAACGAUGUAAGAUAUGAAUGGUUACAGUUUUUUUAUAUUUUCGACAACAAUUAUUUAUUUAUAAUUUUUUAUUCCAAGUAGUCAAAAUCCCAAAAUAAUAUUAUAUUUGAAUUCACCUUAGCAGGUUAAGAUUCAAAACUAUUUGAAAAUAAAAAAAAUAAAUUAAAAUUUUUAAUAUAGCAUUACAUUUGAUCUCUUAUAAUAUUUGCGAAUGGGAUUAUUCAAUUUACCCAUAGCAUAGGUAAAUGUGAUUCUACGCUAUUUUUGUAAUUUUUUUUUAGAAUUAAAUCGAAACUCAGUCGUGCAAAUAACCUAAAUUUAGUACAAAGAAGUAGUUAUAAAAUAUAUUUAUCAGUAUUUAACAUAUAUUAUAUAAAUCUAUAUAACACUAUAAAAUAAAGACUCCAAAUAUUAUGUGCUCUAGUAACACUGUAAUAGUAGAAUAAAAAAAUAGAAGUUUUUAAAACGUGUAUGUGAUACAAAAUGAUCUCAUUUAAUGUGCCAAAUAAUAGCAAAUGUGAUUUGCGUUAAAAUCUAGUGCAUCUAGUUCAACUAUUUGUCAUUUAUAGAUUGACUAUUUAUUAAAACUAUUUACCU